AUGGUGGCCCGGGGGUGCGCAGGGGACGAGCUCCCCGGAUGGUUCAUCGAGGACGCGGGCAGCGGGAUGCUCUACAAGCGGGGACGGCUCCUGGGAGAGCCUCUCACCCCUCGGCUGGCCCCAGGGUGCCGGGGGCUGCUCACUCCUGCGGGAUCAUCUUCGCAGGGCACCUUCGGGCGCUGCUACCAGCUGACGGAGGUGGCCAGCGGCAGGGUCUACGCUGCAAAGGUCAUCCCACGAGUCCGGCUCACCACGGUGGGCAUCGGGGAGAGGGUGGAGCGGGAGCAGGAGCUGCACGGCCGCCUGCGCCACCGGCACAUCGUCCGCCUCCACGGGCACUUCGCCGACAGCAGCCACAUUUACCUGCUGCUGGAGUACUGCAGCCGGCGGUCCCUCGCCGACAUCCUGCGGGCCCGGGGAAGGCUGACGGAGCCAGAGGUGCGGUACUACCUGCGGCAGAUCAUCUCAGGGCUGAGAUACCUCCACGGACAGGGCAUCAUCCACCGGGACCUCAAGCUGAGCAACUUCUUGGUGACCGAGAAGAUGCAGGUGAAGAUCGGGGAUCUGGGGCUGGCACGGCAGGAGGCACCAGCUGGCCGGCGCUGGGGGGCGCUCUGCGGAACACCCGGCUACCUGGCCCCGGAGGUUUUGGACCGCAAGGGACAUGGGGUGCCCUCAGACGUCUGGGCUCUGGGCUGCGCCAUGUACACGGCACUGACAGGCAGCCCCCCGUUCGAGGCGGCUCACCGGCAGGAGCUGUACUGGCGCAUCCGAGCGGCUCGGUACCCGCUGCCCCCCCACCUCUCACCCCGCGCCCGGGCCCUCAUCGCCCGCUUGCUGGCCCCCGAGCCCGCGGCACGGCCCAGCCUGCGGGACGUGCUGGACCAUGGAUUCUUCACCCAGGGCUUCACGCCGGACAGGCUGCCACCCCAUGCCUGCCGCUCGGUGCCCAUCUUCGUGGGACAGGACCCACUGUGCAGACUGCUGUGGGGGGCUGCCACGGCGCUGGGGUGUCUGGGGGAGGGAGGUGAUGGCAACGACUUUGUCUGCACUUGGGGCGAGCUUUCUUCCAACACCCUCAUCAGCGGCUGUGGGGAAGGAAGCCAGAACCGCUCCGGUGAUGCAGCCCAGACAAGAGGAGAAGCAAAGGCAACAGGCCAGCUGGGGAGGGAGCCACAGCGUGAGACCCUGGGGAGGGAUGGCAGCUCCCACACGUAG